GAUGUCAUCCUGAGCAGCUGGGCGGCGGGUGCCGGUGCGCGCAGAGCCAGGGCUCCCGCGGCGCCGCGCUGCGCCAGGUCGGGUCCCAGGACUUGAGAAGAGGUCCGCGCGCUGCCCAGGCCAGCCCACCGCCCGCCGGCCGAGCACCCGCGCCCCGGCCUGGGGCUGAGCUGAGGGUAUGCUCCGGCCCCCCCCUCCCCCCCGGAGCCCGAGAGAGAACCCAGGAGCGCCGCCGCCCAGCAGCCGGAGCAGAACCGCGGUGAAGGAGCUCUGAACAGCUGCCCCCUCCCCACCAGCAGCCCUUGAGGUCUGGGGCCCAAAGUCUGGGCUUCUUAGAAAUCCAGGGUGGGAACCCUAACUGGACUCUUCGUGACCCCCAGGAAGGACCUGAGGGCCUGAGCCAUCCUCCUCUCUACCCUGCCUGCCCCCCAGGACUGGGCAGUUGCCGGAGGCCCUGGGGGGGGGCCCGGACUGUGGUUGUGCCCCCCCCCUCCCAGGAUGGGCCCAAGUUAGUCAGCCAGGCCUCACUCAGCAUCCUCCAGGGCCAGCAGGAACCCCGGGGUCUCUGAAGGCUUGACCACUGCCUGGCUGUCAUGGAAACAAAGCUGCCCCCUGCGAGUACCCCCACCAGCCCCUCUUCCCCUGGGCUGUCACCUGUGCCCCCGCCCGACAAGGUGGAUGGCUUCUCCCGCCGGUCCCUUCGAAGGGCCCGGCCCCGGAGGUCCCAUAGUUCCUCUCAGUUUCGUUAUCAGAGCACCCAGCAGGAGCUCACUCCACUGCCCCUGCUCAAAGAUGUGCCGGCCUCCGAGCUGCACGAGCUGCUGAGCAGGAAGCUGGCCCAAUGUGGGGUCAUGUUUGACUUCUUGGACUGUGUGGCCGACCUGAAGGGGAAGGAGGUGAAGCGUGCGGCACUCAACGAGCUGGUGGAGUGCGUGGGGAGCACCCGGGGGGUCCUCAUUGAGCCUGUCUACCCAGACAUCAUCCGUAUGAUCUCAGUAAAUAUCUUCCGGACCCUGCCACCCAGUGAGAACCCCGAAUUUGACCCUGAAGAAGAUGAGCCCAACCUUGAGCCUUCAUGGCCACAUCUGCAGCUGGUAUAUGAGUUUUUCCUGCGUUUCUUGGAGAGCCCAGACUUCCAGCCCUCCGUGGCCAAGAGAUAUGUGGAUCAAAAGUUUGUCCUGAUGCUCCUGGAGCUAUUUGAUAGCGAGGACCCCCGGGAGCGUGAGUACCUCAAGACCAUCCUGCACCGGGUCUAUGGCAAGUUCCUGGGGCUCCGGGCCUACAUCCGCAAACAGUGCAGCCACAUCUUCCUGCGGUUCAUCUAUGAACUUGAGCACUUCAAUGGUGUGGCUGAGCUGCUAGAGAUCUUAGGAAGUAUCAUCAAUGGCUUUGCGCUACCCCUGAAGACUGAGCACAAGCAAUUCCUGGUUCGGGUCCUGAUUCCCCUGCACUCCGUUAAGUCGCUGUCUGUCUUUCACGCCCAGCUGGCAUAUUGUGUGGUGCAGUUCCUGGAAAAGGAUGCCACCUUGACAGAGCAUGUGAUCCGGGGACUGCUCAAAUACUGGCCAAAAACCUGCACCCAGAAGGAGGUGAUGUUUCUGGGGGAGAUGGAAGAGAUUCUUGAUGUCAUCGAGCCCUCCCAAUUUGUGAAGAUCCAGGAGCCCCUCUUCAAGCAGGUGGCUCGCUGUGUGUCCAGCCCCCAUUUCCAGGUUGCAGAGCGGGCUCUGUAUUUCUGGAACAACGAGUAUAUCCUGAGCCUCAUUGAGGACAACUGCCACACUGUGCUACCUGCUGUGUUUGGGACCCUCUACCAAGUCUCCAAGGAGCACUGGAAUCAAACCAUUGUAUCUCUGAUCUACAAUGUGCUCAAGACCUUCAUGGAGAUGAAUGGGAAGCUGUUUGAUGAGCUCACAGCCUCCUACAAGCUGGAAAAGCAGCAGGAGCAGCAGAAGGCCCAGGAGCGUCAGGAGCUGUGGCAAGGCCUGGAGGAGCUACGGCUACGCCGGUUACAGGGGACCCAGGGGGCCAAAGAGGCUCCCCUCCAGCGCCUUACACCCCAGGUGGCUGCCAGUGGGGGUCAGAGCUAGAGAUCCCAUAGAAAGGGAGGAGCUAAACCCAGAGCUAUCGGUCCCUCUAUCCCCUCUUCUGCCCAGGGGCCCAGAGAGACACACACCUACCCCUGGCCUUGCCAGAGUGGGCUUGGAGGGCUUCCUGCCUGGCCCAACGUGGGCAGCUUUCACUGUGGGGAGAGGAGAGGACAUGGAGGUCCUGGCAACAGAACUCUCAGGCCCUUGUGGCAGGACUUGACCAGGGCAAGCCUGACCAGGAAGCUGCCAUCAGGGAUCUCCCUGCCCCGAAAAGCUGGGCUCCAGACUGCAGGCAGGUUCCCAGCCCCUACUCCCAGCCUAGGGCAAUGGGACUCAGCUCCUCGUGCACCCCCCUCGUGCCAGCGCGAGGUCCUUCCUCACCCCACCAUGGAUCCAUGGUCUAUUUAUUCUCCCCUGCUCACCCCCAACACAGACGCUGUCCUGGGCCCAGGGCAUCCUCCUUUCCUCCCCUCCCUCACCCUAUACUUUCUUGUCCCCUUUUUAUUUAUUGGGCAGGGGGAGGGGUGAGGGCACAGGAAGAAGAGAUUCCCCAUGUCCUGGGGCAAGGUGGAGUCAGUUACCAUGGUCUGUUCCCCUUCCACUGGCUGGGGGUAGACCUAAUAAAGACAGAAACUCGA